AUGAAAAAAAUAUUGUCGCUACUAUGCUUAAUGAUAAUAGUGUCAAUAAAUUGUUCUCAAAAUAAACAAAACAUAGAUGAAUUCAUCGAUGAUGUGCUGGCGUCAAGAAAGUUCGCUAGACUGGCUGAUAUUAUAGCCGAAAAAACAAUAGUCAAAUUAUGGAAUGUGAAAAGCAAUAUUUUUUUUAGUACAAAUAAUAAAAACCAAGGAGACGAAAGAAUUCGUCGUCAUAGCCAUGCUAGUGACGAAAAUUCAUUGCGAAAUAUAUCGUUAAAAUAUAGACAAUUAAUCAGUCAAUUAAAUGGAGAAAAUAUUGUGAUCAAAGCAAGUUCCAAAGCAUUCACAUAUAAAAGCAAUGAAGUUAAUACAACGCUCGGAGAAAAAGAUAACGCCACGAAUUCGAAUAGUUCUAAAUUUGAAUCGCCAAAAUCUGAAGAAAAAAUAUUUAAGCAAGAGUUGACCACUGACAUUACCACGUUUGGAUUGUCAAAAACAAAACAGAAAGAAAAUAUACAAGAUGAGAUUGAUUUUUUUAAUAUGAAUAAACAAAGAGAUCUAAAUAGAAAAAAUACCGGAAGAAAAGAUGGUAACAAGAUAUUCGUAUUUCAAGCGUCUUCUGAUUACGAUGAGUAUCAUGAAAAGGUGGAUAAAAUUUUAAACAUCGAUCCUAAUUAA